CAUAAAUGUAGCAAAAGAAGACAAGUGCGUUUUUUUUUACAAUUUGUAAUAAAAAUUGAAAUCGAAUUAAUUAAUUAGUUAUUUAAAACGUGCUAGCAGUAUUCAAGUUAACUCCCGCUACAACAAUGGCCUUCAAUUUUACCGCAUUCACCUAUAUUGUGGCCCUUAUCGGCGAUGCAUUUUUAAUAUUUUUCGCAAUAUUUCAUGUCAUUGCGUUUGAUGAGCUUAAAACAGAUUAUAAAAACCCAAUUGAUCAGUGUAACAGUCUUAAUCCGCUGGUUCUACCGGAAUAUUUAUUGCACAUAUUUAUCAAUUUGCUAUUUCUGUUCUGCGGGGAAUGGUUCUCCCUAUGCGUCAAUAUACCCCUCAUAGCCUAUCAUAUUUGGCGCUACAAAAAUCGACCAGUUAUGUCUGGUCCGGGCUUAUAUGAUCCCACGACGGUGCUGAAAACGGACACACUAUCCCGUAAUAUGCGCGAAGGUUGGAUUAAAUUGGCUGUAUAUUUAAUCAGUUUCUUCUACUAUAUCUACGGAAUGGUCUAUUCGCUCAUCUCUACAUAAAGGGUAACGGCAGCUGCCUGGGGAUCUCAUUGUUGGCACCAGCGCAUCUACAUCUACAUCAUAUGUGGCUCAUGCAACACAAAGAGUAUGCUUGUGGAGUUAGUCCAGCAAAUCGAACAAUAUUUCACGUGUAAAUUCCAAGUUAAUUCAUAAUGCGAUCCAUAACAAAGACAUCUUUAUUUUUGUGUA